AUGCUGCAUUGUCUGCAAUCUCUGGGAGGUAGCCUAUUGAUUAGGGCAGUCCUUUGCGAAGCUCUUUGCAUGGACAUCCGUGUGCAUGAAAAUGAUGUACGCAAGUAUAUCACAGACCGCAUUUGCUUAUCGGCACGAUUGGCCGGGAUGUUGGUUGCUGGCAACUUUAGAGGAGAGGUCAUUGAGUGGCUGACAAAAGAGAGUCAAGGCAUGUGA